AAUGACAUAUCGGUAUAAUAUAAUUCAAGGAUUAAAACAGUAGGUGUACCACUAAUUGUUAAAGGCAGACAACUAAACACGUACCCUAAGGGUAAAUUUUUAUUAAUGAAGCAAAUUGAACCGCAGUUGUUACUUUAUAACUCUUUGUUCAUAGAUUAGCAUUAUACACUGAUAGGAAAGAAGGAGAUUAAACCUGUACAGGCCGAUCUUUGAAACAGAUUUUAGUCCAGACUGCGAAGAAAUGUCGUUGACGGCCGAACAGUGUGAAGAUUUCUGGGCCAAGGCUGAUGCGAAUGGAGAUGGCCAACUAACCAUACAAGAACUAGCCCGCGCCGUCAGAAAGUACCAUUCUGACAUUUCUGACAAAGAUUGUGCAAGUAUGUUCUGUGGCCUUGACAAAGAUGGCAAUAAGAAAAUCACCAAACAAGAAUUUUUAGAAGAAAUGAGGGAAAAGCCGAAACGCGGAGAUAGGCUGUGCAGUUUGUUCAAGGAGUAUGACGCUAACGGUGACGGAACACUGUCUCGGGAUGAAGUCCGCAAACUUAUCGUAGAAUGCUUCAAAGGGAAGGAUCCGGACGAGAUCUUAGAAGAGUUUUUAAAAUACACGGACACCAGUGGAGAUGGACUCGUAUCCUUGGAGGAAUUCCGUGCUUUCUUUGGAUAAACAUUUUAACAAGAUAUAUUGCUUAAAAUGAUAAAAUCAAUAUCAAACCCACUAUGGUUAUUGCAAUACAUUUUGUUAUAUUAAGUUUUGAAUUUACAACACGUGUACGAGUACGUACAGAUAUAUCAGAUAUGUAGCAAUAUGUCUCUACGUGUAUCCGAUAUAGCUGGUUGAGACAACUAUAUAUUUACACACAAUUUGUCCGUUGCACAAAGAUAUAGACUCGUUUGAAAGGCUUUCAGUAAAAUUCCUUAAAGUAGAUCAGUUUUUCUAGGAACUUGGAAAAGACAAUUGUCACUUUUCAGUAACCUGUAGAACACAUUUUGAGAGAGUAUAAGUUAUAGACUAGAAAAAUUCCUAAUACGAAGCGAUUUUCAGAAAGGAUGAAAACAGGCUCUAAUGUCAGUCAAAUGUCGUGUAAUAUGCAGGCUCUAAUACUCAGACUGAUCAUUUAAAAUUAGGAAUAUCAAAAAAAAAAAUGUGUUUCGAUACAAACGACUCUGGCAAACUUUUAAUGAUAAGCUAUGUUAUGGGCAUUGUUCAAUACAGGGCUCUCUAUUGGCAUUGGUCAUGUUAAAUAGGUCCUCUGCCUCCAAGCAUUAUUUCUGUUCUGAAUCCUAUAAACGUUUCCCUGUCUGUGCUGGCGUAUGUAUGUCAAACUUCAGUACAUAAGUAACGCACAUGACUAUAGAAAUGUAGGCCUACAGAAAAUUGAAAUGAAAUGCCUAGAAUAUAUUAGCUUAUUGAAUUUAAUAUUUUGUUAUGAAAAUAAAUAUUUUACUCAGA